AUGACCCGCCGCCGGCCCCGGGCGGCCGCGCCGAGCGACCCCGUAGUUUUCGUCAUCCACCAGCAGCACCAGCAGCAAUGGGGCGUGGAGGUGCAUCUCGCGCCGGGCCCGCAGCCGAGCGCCCUGGCCGCUCGCGAAGACGCGCGCGCCAGGGAGGAAGCGCCUACAUCCGCUGGCCGCUGGCCGCCGGCGCCUACUCCGCGCGGCCUCCCUCCCUGCCUCGGUGCGUGCUCGCACGCGCCAGCCUACCUGCCCUCCCUCCUCGACUACACGUAA